CAUACAGGACAAGACAUCCAUCAGACUAAUUGGGUGGCCACAAAGCACUCCAGGUCAGUACAAAGGCUAUCCCUCUUGCGCUAGUGACUGCAUUUGGCAGUGCAGUUGAUUUAUUUAGUAACAAGCCCAAAGAAGCAAUGCAUUGCUCGUCGAGGGGAGCGGCCGGGGCGUCCCUGGCCACUGGGGCGCAAGGUCAGCGUGGGCUGCGUGGCGUGCUGGUGACGGUGCCGGUCGUCAGCGCCCCGGCUGCUACGACGUUGCCAGCCCCCACGCAUGAAGGCUGCUGCGUUCCUCGCCAGGGCGUGCGGGCCGCUGCGAAAGCUAAGAGCGGCGGAAGCGGCGGCGGCGCCGCAGCCAAGGGCUUCGGUGCAGCCAAGGCCCCUGCGCCCGGGAAAGACACGUGCGCUUGCGGAUCCAAAAUUGUGUACCGGGAAUGCUGCGAGCCGUACCACGCCGGCGCAGCCGUGCCACCGGACGUCGAGGCAGCGCUGCGCGCUCGCUUCUGCGGCUUCGUGAAGGGCCGCGUGCCGUACCUUCUCAGCACCUUCCACCCCCACUACCAUGCCUUCAAGUAUGGCACGGAGGCGGGUGGGGCUGCCAAGCAGCUGGAGCGGGACCUGGAGACGGCCGUGUCCCGCUUUAAGUACUCGGGGUUCAAGGUGCUGGAGACGGCUCCGGGCUCUCACUCGGACGAGGCGUUUAUCACCUUCCGCUACAACUCGGUGGCCAAGACGCGGGCGGUGCGGCCCACCGGCGACUCCUUUGUGGCAGAAACCAACUUCGACGGCACUGCCAAGGUUUCCACCACCAUUGAGCGCAGUCGCUUCCUGCGCGACCCCGCCAGUGGCGGCCAGUGGCUUUUCGCCGACUACACACUCAUCGACUACCCCACCUGGAUGGAGGAGGCCAAGCAGGCUGAGCUGCGGGCGCGCGGGGAGGCGGGUGCGGGGGCGGGGGCUGGGGGAUCUGCGUAGGCGCGCGCUUGGGAGGAGGUGCAGUGGGAGCGUGCGUGGCAGGAGCUGAGAAGUGCGCAUUGUGUGUUUGGAAGAGGGGCGCUGCGGGUAAGGCGGGGGAAGGUGAUGGGCCAUGUCGGAGCUCAGGAGCACGUAAUGAGCUGGCUGGUGCGGUUGCCGACCCCGCAAAACACAGCAGUAACGAAUGAUGUGAGCUUCGCCAGGGCCAGUUGCCAGGAAGCAGCGACUCAGUAAGGCAUAAGUGCACCACUGAAGA